GCUGGACUGAGCCCUCACUGGUGUGUGCUGGGUAGGAAAGAGCAUUUGAUGCAGGUCCUGCUGUCACGGAGGGGUAGAGACCACCUCGAAGGAUGUUUCCCGCUGGGCUCUGGCUCUAGGAUGUUGGAGAACCGAGAAGAGGAGCUGACCACGGUGCGUGUUCAGGACCCCCGGGUGCAGAACGAAGGCUCCUGGAACUCCUAUGUGGAUUAUAAAAUCUUCCUCCACACCAACAGCAAAGCCUUUACUGCCAAGACCUCAUGCGUGCGGCGCCGGUACCGUGAAUUCGUGUGGCUGAAGAAGCAGCUCCAGAAGAAUGCUGGCUUGGUGCCUGUCCCAGAGCUGCCUGGGAAAUCCACCUUCUUCGUGGGCAGCACGGAUGAGUUCAUCGAGAAGCGGAGACAGGGGCUGCAGCAGUUCCUGGAGAAGGUUGUGCAGAACGUGGUCCUCCUCUCCGACAGCCGCCUGCACCUUUUCCUGCAGAGCCAGCUCUCGGUACCCGAGAUCGAGGCGUGUGUGCAGGGCCAGGGCUCGCAGACGGUGACGGAGGCCAUCCUGCACUACGCCAUGUCCAACUGCGGCUGGGCGCAGGAGGAGGAGAGCCGCCCCGCGCUGCUGCCAGGAGGAGACCUGCACGGCAGCGGUGCCGCCCUGGGGAACCCGCAGGGUCCCAGCUGCCUGGAGACCUUCCCGUACUGGAGCGACUUCGGGAUGGACGACGCGCACUCGGACAGUCCUGACGAGCCCUCUGAGCCCCUGGGCGGACGGCAGGACACGCAGUGAAACGGCUGUAGGGACCUGCCCUGCCUCCCCCAGCCCCCGCAGCCCUCGCUGGAAGAGGGAACCGCUGCCGAGCCGCAGGGACGGCCGGGUGGUGGGACUGGGAACACGGCCUUGUCCCCGGGCUCUGCCGUGUCCGGGGCUCACGUGCUCCCUCCCUGCUGACUCUCCACUGUCCUUGAUGUCCCAGGCGGCGCGUUCCUAUCGCUCUUCUCUUUGGAGAGGAGACCUAGUGGUUAGUGAAACCCGUGUUUGUUGUUCCUGUGGCCUUUGCUCACUGACUGGAGCAGUAGCGGGGCUUCAUUAGGUUGCGGCGUCGACGAGGCCCUGGGUUUUUGGCAUGUCCCUGGCCUCGGGCGGGGUGGGGGGGUGACACGGUGGCUCACAUCCAGCACCACGGAGGAAGAUUUCCCUUGGUGGAGCUGCAGGCUGGGAGCAGGGGCUGGGAUGGCCCCGGGGGUUGGUCUCUGUGGUCCCCCCGUGUCCCCCACCGCGCUGGGGAGGCUGCGGUUCCCCGUUAACGGCCGUGCUGUGGGGCUCCUGGGGAGGGGGGGCUCAGCUGCAAUGAGCUGGAGCCCACACGUGGGGGGGUGGAUGCCGUAGCCACCGUAGCCACACCUGGGCCUCCUGGCACAGCUCGCCCACCUGCAGCUGGGAUGAACAGAAAAUGAGCUUUUCCCCCCCAGGGGGGAGCGUGGGGCAGGGGAAUGAGUCAGUGGGGAGGCCAGAGCGGGGGGCAGUUUGUCCCCCCUGUCCCUUUUGAGGUGUUGUCCCUUCCAGAUGGGCUCCUUCCUCACACCCCACUUGCCAAGCACAGGGGGGAACGGGGGGGUCUCAAGGCCAGGGGCUGUGAGAUCCAUUUUUUGCUCAGAAAAAAGGAGCAUGUGGCUGCCUCAGGGUCGGUGUUGGGCAGCGUUUGGGCUCUGGUUACUCCUGAUGCCUCUCCCUGUGCUCUCCUGCACCUUUUUUGUGUGUUUCCCCCCCCCCCCAGCCCCUCAGCACUGGUGAAGGCAGAGCCGACGUGCUCUGACUGGAAAUAAAAAUGAAG